AUGUCACUGGCGUCCGUGUGGCCGAUCGUAACUACUGCGUUGGCCGAGAACCGGCACGAGCUUGUGCUGGCCGGGCCGGAAAUAGCGAAACUAAUAACGGACACAGGCUUUGAUGAUCGAAUAUAUGCUCUUGAGCGACUGAACUUUCUUGAAAUAUCACAAACUGGACUGGACUCCCUCUCAGAGAAGCUUGGCAAUUUGAAGCAGUUGGCCCAAUUGGGCCUCACAUCUAACCGUCUAACGCGACUUCCAGAUGCCGUAGGACGCCUGAAGUGUCUUCGCUUCCUGGACGUGUCCUUCAAUCAACUUUCAGAACUCCCGGAAAAGAUAUUUACUCAGCUGGAUUCACUAACCAGUCUAAACCUCUCAGGCAAUGAACUUAAAAAAAUACCCGAGGUCGGGAAGUUGUUAUCUUUGCAAGAGCUUCGGUCUUCGAAGAACAAAUUACAGUCUCUACCUGACGGUAUCCACCUCCUCCAGUCAUUGAUCCUGCUGGAUGUUUCACACAAUAAGCUGACAUCAGUGCCUGAAGAAAUGAACGGAUUGAAGAAUCUUAAAUCGGCAGAUUUUUCAGACAAUAGUCUGGCUUCUGUUCCGGCCACUCUGCAUCAAUGCCGAAAGCUCCACGACUUGCGUUUGCAGAAUAAUCCGCUGAAAGACAAUCGUUUGCGAAAACUUGCUUGUGACACACACUCGCCAAAAGCCUUGUUCGAUUAUCUGCGGCGUCUUGAUGAAGCGGGUGGUAAGGGGAAGAAGGGACGUGGCAAAGCGCCUCCAACCAAAGACAUUGAGCCUACAGAAGCAGAUACCGCGGAUGCAGAACCUACUGAGAGUGUACCAGUUCCUCCCUAUAUUUCUGUCCAACGACCCGAUGAGUCCGAGAACUACCAGAUAUCACAAUCCAGCUCAGUGAAAAACGGUCCUCGCCCGUACCUAAUCGCUUGUACAGUCCAUGGAGUUGUGUUCAAAUCUGAGGCCCAUUUGAAGUCGUUCACCCGAGCUCAAGAGGAAUGGCAUCGGGGUGUGGGUCAAAUGCGUCGUCGUGCCACUCUGGCCACGCACGAUCUCAAGGCCGUGCAGUUCCCUCUUACCUAUUCGAUGCAAAAGGCCGAAGAGAUUGAGAUACACGUUCUGAACGAUAACGCCCCGAGUACUGGUGACAAGUUUCUAUCGAAAUUGUAUCAAGAAGCCGAGGCAGACAGAAAAACCCGAAAACAGGCCAAAUUCAGUCAACUCUACCGAUAUUUGAACCUGCUUAGCCUGGAACCAAACGAUGUCAAAGAUGGAUUCAGGGACAACCUAAUCCCUAUUGUUAAAGACGCCUCGCAAACGGUGAUCUCGAUGCCACCUCUCACCAACUGCCAGCAAACCCGUCUCGGCGUAUCAACUACAGAUCUGUUGGUGGAGGUGUCGGGAGCAAGUCUGGCGUUUUGCAAAGAACUCGCUGAGGCUGUCAUUGCAUGGCUGCUGGAGAACGCUUGUUCCCCAAAUCAGAGGGAGUCAUCUACGCUGUCCACAAUACCUGCAAACUGUUUGGUGGUUCGACCCAUCCGGGUUAUCGACUCUGAGUCUACAUCACAGCUGAGUAGCAUCUACCCAUCCCGGUUAGAUCUGACGGCGCCCAAUUUUAACACUGAUGCGUUCCAUCACCAGCUUGCAUGGCAAGCUAGUCAAACUAAUAGGCCUGUAGCCACCAGGCGAUAUCCGGCCAUCCGUUUUGUUGAUUGGUAUGAUAAUUGCUUCCUUCUUAGAGGAGUGAAGUCCGCCUUCGUCAAGCUACUGACGAAACACCAGGCAGAAAUGAUUUGCCACUGUAGUUUUGAUGAGGGCAAUCCACCGCUGGCGAUUUUUGAAGACGGGGUGUCAACGUGGAUACGGUUGGUUGGGGCUUAUGAUGCUUUUGGAGGGAUAGCUGCGAUGCAUUUUCCCCUUCGUUUGUAUCAGCAAAAGGGCUCCUGGUGA